UCACAAUGUAACAACUCAUGUAUUUUGCCAUGAACUUCCGUGAGAAUUUACUUAUUGUAUUGGUGUAUUGCUGUGUUUUAUGGGCAGCACAAUCUGCGCCUACGGAAAAGAAAGGUCGGAUUGUGGGUGGUACAACAGCCAAGCCGCAUAGUCAUCCGUACUUGGUUUCCCUACAAUAUCGAUUACUAUGGAUCCGGGCACAUUUCUGCGGCGGCGCGCUUCUUAAUGAAAAUUGGGUGUUGUCAGCGGGCCACUGUGUAGACCAGCCGUGGUACAUCCGAUGGAUACCAGUUGACUUGAUUGCUGGAAUAGACGAUGUAGACAAUUUCGGUCCGACGGCUCAAAUUGGUACCAUCGCUCAGAAAAUACCACAUCCGUUGUAUGGAGGAGAUAUCGGACCUUAUGACAUAGCAAUGAUUCAGAUGAAAGCACCAUUCCGAUUGACGAAAGAAGUACAACCAAUUAAUCUGCCAAUCAACAAUAACUUGAGGUCACAAUAUCAACAUUUAACUGUAGCUGGAUGGGGAUCAUUAAAAACAACUGCAUUUAUACCCGACCUGCCGAGUAGACUGCAAGAAGUGGAAGUGACAUAUAUACCAUUUGAUGAAUGUUACGACGCAAUUGACGAAGUUUCAUCAGAAGGAGAUGAAGAGAAUCCGUUAGACAGAGUCGCUCAUUUAUGCACCGGGCCUCUUAGCGGGGGCAUAGCAGCGUGUUCUGGCGACUCUGGUGGACCUUUGAUUCAAUACAUCUCUCCUAGUUUCGAAGAUACUAACGCAACAGAGAAUCCUAUUGCCAACGAAAUCAAUGUUGAAGAAAAUGAUUUCAAAACGGAUGAACCAAAUAAGAUUUUAAACACUAAUGUAAUAGAUAAUAGAAUUCCAAUUGUAAUAGGUGUUGUUUCUUGGGGCAUAUCGCCUUGCGGAGUGAAAGGCGCACCAACUAUCUACACAAAUGUAUCGAGUUAUAUGAACUUUAUCAAUAAGUACCUUUAUGAUUAGAAAUAAUAACAUUUUUAAUUGUAACAUUUUAAUAAAUAAAUUAGUCUAUAAUAUAAAAACAAACAAUACUGCUAUUUAA